UCUUGGGCAAGGGCCAAACUGAUGGACUCAUCAUCUUUGAGGACAAACAAAACAAAACGGGGCUUAGUAUUGUGAGGGCUUGGUGUUUGCGUAGUAGAAGCGGAACCAUCCACGUCGGCCAACCCCAGCUCGCAUCACAUGCCCCACAAGCCGCUACGUGGAUGAGAAAACUCCAAAUACCCUUUCAGACUCACAAACAAAGAGAGAAGGGGGAUGAGAUAGGGGGCGAUGGAUUAUGUCGGCCAGUGUUGGAUUUAUCUUUAAGGAAGAUCAACGUGGCGGCCUCCCCACUCGACAGAAUAGCAGCCAACUUUGGGGCUGUUUGGGGCACAGAACAAAGGUCGGUUGUGAUGAUGGAAGGCAAGUGUUGUGCGACCACAGAGAAGCGGAAGCAGAGGCAGCAACAAGAGAAGCCUUACAGAGGUAUAAGGAUGAGGAAGUGGGGUAAGUGGGUGGCUGAGAUUAGAGAACCCAACAAGAGGUCCAGGAUAUGGCUUGGUUCAUACUCCACACCGAAAGCCGCUGCCCGUGCCUAUGACACCGCCGUCUUCUGUCUCCGGGGCCGCUCUGCUCGCCUCAACUUCCCGGAGUAUAUAGCGGAAGAAGAUGAGGUUCAGGACUUAUCCGCCGCAUCCAUACGAAAGAAAGCCACCGAAGUCGGAGCUAGGGUUGACGCCAUGGAGACCGCCCUCCACGCAUCAGAACCCAAUUCUAGCAGAGUCUCCGACAAACCCGACUUGAACGAGUACCCUAGCCCAGAAAGUUCAGAUGAUGAUUGACAGCUAUCUCAAACCCACAGAUCAUAAACUUAUGAUCUUGUGUUCCCCUCUAUUACCCAUCUCUUUCUUCUGCAACCAUGGAAGAAGAGAAAAACAAAGGAAUUGUUGCUGGGUAAUCCGAAACUGGAACUAUAAUCCAAAGGAUUAUGUCAAACGGGCAAAGCUGCUUACUCUUUGGUUUUCAUCACUUUGUCAGAUGUAACAACCCAACCCAACAAAGGGGUGUUUAACGGCUAUAGUUAGUUAUUUGAUGAUGGACUUGGUUUUUUUUUAUGUUAAUUAUUGUUUACUUAUGUUUGUUUUGUUGGAAUGAUUUUUAUUAAGUCGGAGACAAGUAUGAAGAAGGAAGGAAGGGAGGAGGGAAAGAAAAUGAAGGAAGGGGGGAAGGUGGCUGUUGAAUUGAAUGAAGGGAUAAAGAAACAGUAACAGACCACCAGGGAACCCCUCAGUUUGCCAAACAACACUAGAUAAGGAGAUAAGGAAGAGUUGGUUACCAGAACCGUUACUUAAUGACGUGCCUGUGGACAGCAGGAACAAGCACAAGAGACACCGAAAGAGAGAGAGUAGUGAGUGGUCCUCCAUCAGGGAGCCUGUCACCGUCAUGGGAUGGUGGAGGCUUGCGAAAGGUUGUUUUAUGGGUGGGUGAUGGAUGAUGAUGGGUGGUGGGCGGUGAGUGGGGUUUUUUGUUUUUUUUUUUUUUUGCCUUCUCUUUAUUUAUUUGUUUUUAAUUUUUAAUUAUUCCUUUUCCUGGGUAUAAAAUGCAUUACGUUGGUUGCUAAA